AUGGGCGCAGAACCGGACACGCAGCGCGAAUCGACGCUGGACGAAUCGGUCCAAGUGGCCGAUGCGUACGACGACGACGAGGAGUCGCAGUACGCAUCGGUCAGCAAGCAGACGAUCGAAGCCAGUGCGCGCUACACGACCGUGCGACAACUCUUCACGUCCCCCGCCGACUACGACCCGGCGCGCGAGACGCACUACGUGCUGGUGGUGCACGGCACGUUCGACUCGCCGCCCGCCGCGGGGAAUCCGCCGCCGUGGUACUUCCUGGACGCGAAGCGCGCCGACAACUUCUGCCACCUCAUCGCCAAGGACCUCAAGGGCACGCCGCUCGGCUUCGACGCCGUCUGGCGCCAACUGCCCGACUCGCACGCGGGCAUGCGGCUGCGCGAGGACGUGCCGUACCCUUUCCACUGGUCGGGGCACAACACGCACGAGGCGCGCGUCGGUGCGGGCAAAGCGUUGGCGCAGCUGAUCCACGCGGUGGGGCGCGCGGACCCGUCGGCGCGCGUGCACGUGGUGGCGCACAGCCACGGGGGCAACGUGGCGCUCAAGGCCGUGUCCAAGUACCUCUCCAUGCUGCGCCGCGACUCCCGCGACCCUGCGCGCGCCUCCCACGACCAGAUCACCGCCGCCUUCUGGGAGGCGCACGCUGAAGGGUACCGGAGCAUAAAGGAGCACCAGCAGGUGAAAGUGAGCGCGGUCUGGAUGCUGGCGUUCGCGCCGUUCCUGGUGGUGAAGCGGCCAUGGCGGGGCGACGAGGCGCUGGGCGCCUUCCCCUACGCCUACUUCCAACGCGUUGACUCGCUUCUCGGCCUUCCCAAGGUGCGGCAGGCCAAGUACCUGCGGAAGAAGUGGGCGGGGAGCAGCAGCACCAACUGCUUAGGCCGAAUGGUGUUCCUGGGGACGCCCUUCUACACCAAGCACUGGGACCCGCAGGCCGCGCGCACCAUGGCGGGCACCAUCCUCGCCCUCUCCGUGCUGGUGUUUGUGGUCAUCGUGGGCGCCGUGGUGUCCGUCAAGUACGCCAUCUUCCACGAGGUCAACACCGCUGACCUCACCGGCGGCGAGCUCACAUUCUGGGUAACAGUGGCACUGGUGUCAGUGGCGGUGGUGGUGUACAACACGUUGAGCAGCAAGCGGUACAGCGACGGCAACGUGUAUUUCACGGAGAAGAAGGCGUGGAGCCCAGCCAUGAGCGCGCUCGUGCUCAACGCAGGGAAGCUCGACGAGGCCGCCCUCGCACUCUCCACGGAGCCCCUCGUGCGCGCAUACCUCAUGCCGCAGGUCAAGACCAUGCUGACGCCCGACCCAUGGCGCAUGCUGCGCCCCUUCCCCGCCAAGACAUGGCUGGUGUCGCUGGCCAACCUGUACAACAACUGCUGGGUGGCGCUGUGGACGGUGGUGCUGGCGGUGCCGUACAUGAUCCUGUGGCUGCUCAACUUCCUCCUCGUGCCCUACUUCUGCAACCAGCUGCUGCGCCUCUUCAUCACCCUCGGCUUCGGCCUGCAGAAGAACGAGUUGGACUGUGCGCAGGUGUACGUGGAGGAGUGGCUGCGGCUGCCCCCAGCGACGCACAGCAUAGCGCAUUGGAACGUGCAGAAGAUCCUCACCGCCGCCACGCUCGACCAGCUCAAAGACCUCCGCAAGCGAUCGGUGAUACCAGGGGAGGCAGCGGCAACGGAGGAGGCGUUGAUGGAGGCGCACACGCAGCUCGUGGACCCCCACGCCAUCGCGCAGCGCUGGCGCUUCCUCUGGGAUGACGCGGAGUUGGAGAGGAAGGCGGAGGAGUCGACGACACUGGCGCUGCUAAAGAACCAAGUCGAUAAGAUGGCACACAACCCCCGCAUCUCCAGAGUGGCAUUCGAGCGGGAGUUGAAGGUGGUGUGUGUGACAUUGGAGGAGCGGUACAAGGACAUGACGGGCAACGUGGAGCUGUCGCACGGUAGCUACUUCCGCAACCACGUCGUCAUCGCCGUCAUCGCGCACUUCCUGGCCCACGGAGAGGUGCCCUCCUGGGCGCCGCAGCUGGGGGAGAUGACCCCGCCCGCUCAGAAGCCCGCCAAGAAGGGCCCCAUGUCGCGCCUCUUCAGCCGCCGCAUCACACCCACCCCUGACGAGCUCAACAGCACCCCCUCGCAAUAA